AUGUCUUUCACCGUCGAAUUUUCUAGCCUAACAAGAAAAGACCUAUACGGCGUGGGCAUUGGAGUGACCUCGCAGGUUGUGCGCAUCGCCGACUCGAAUAUUGUUGCCAAAAUUCCCUCGCUCUCUCCGUACAUGGGCUCUGAGUUCCAUGAUAUUGAAAAACGAGCGUACGAGCGACUGCAGGGCCAUCCGAAUAUUUUGCGCUGCUUUGGCCAAAGCCCUCCAGAGUGUACUCUCUUGCAAGGCGCCCUACUUUUUGAAUAUCACCCAAAUGGCACUUUGAAGGAGCACCUUGGGCAGCUCAAUAAAUACCCGGGUCGAAAUCGUUGGCCCUACCAGGCUGUCAGUGCCCUUGCUUAUGUUCACUCUUGCCAUAUUGUUCACGGUGACCUUGGCCUUCAUAAUCUCCUCCUUCGCGACGAUGGUGAGAUCGUACUUUGCGACUUCGCCGGCUCCGGGCUGGACGGGAAAGGGUCUUAUGUAGCCCACGCAACACGUUACUCAGAUCCGUUAUGUCUUAAAGAGUAUCCUGAUGAGCAGAAUGACGUUUUUGCGCUUGGAACUCUUCUUUAUGAACUUGAUCAGGGGCGAUUACUUUUUGAUGGACUAAGCGAUGGCGAGAUUGAUGCACGACUUCGCAAGAGACAGUUUCCUGAUUUGUCUAUGAUUUCUCUGCCAUUGCGCAGUGUAAUUGAGAAAUGUUGGACCCUGCCAGGAUACCAGGCUAGCGAUGCCCUGAGAGAAUUGGGUAUGCUAUGCCCCAUCAAGAGGCGUGAUGGCUCUAAUCUAGCAACAGAACUCAGGCGUCAGGCCCCGAUAUUCCAGGCGGCGCUCUGUAUCGGUAUUCUUACAGUGGUCGCUCUUACGUGGAGAGCGGCGUUUAAGAAACUUCAGCGUUGA